AUGGCGCCCGUCGAACCGCCGCCUGCAGGCAGCGUGAUGACGUACGAGCAGCUGCGGCAGGCGAAAAUGCAGGCGACGCAGCGCGCGUUCGCGGAGCUGCAGAGCCUGUCGGCGGAUUUAACCCAGGAGACCCGCCGGCAGGCCGGCGAGAAUCAGCAGCAGAAGCAGCCCCGACGGACGUGGACGCGGCGAAAGCUCUUCGACAAAACCCCUCCCGCUGCCCAAUACCACGAGCUAGAGAGGAGAGCAAAGCAGCACAGCACUGAACGCCUCUGCCCUGUCUUCCCCCUUCUGUGCCCCUCGGGCCCACUCUACCCCCUUUCUUUUCCCCCACUUUCUCCGCCGCUCCCCUUCUCCCCUGCUACCCGGUACCUCGAUCUGAACGAAAGAACGCCAGAGCGCAGCACCGCACACAACCCCCAUCUUCCUCCUUCCGCCCUCCUCCCCAAUCUCCCACCCCCCCACUUGUCCCCUCCCCCUUCCACACAAACUCCCAACCCCCCCUUCUCUCAACAGGCUUCAGAACUCCCCUGCUACGCAAUACCUCGAGCUGGACGACAGAACGCCAGAGUGCAGCACCGAACCGCUCUGCCUUGUCUUCCCCCUUCUGCCUACCUUGUCACUGUCCCUCCCCCAUCGCCCCGCGCCCCUCUCACCAGGCUUCAGAACUCCCCUGCUACGCAAUGCAUCGAGCUGGACAAGAGAACGCCAGAGCGCCGCACUGAACCACUCUGCCUUUCCUUCCCCGUUCUGUCUACCUUGCUUCAGAACUCCCCUGUAACCCAAUACAUCGAGCUGGACGACAAAACGCCAGAGCGCAGCACUACACGCCGAACCCGAGCCUGGCAGCUUCGUCCCAUGGGCUCGGCAGGCUCGGCCGAGGCUGGGACGGUGGUUCAGUGCGGGAAGGAGGUGUACACGGAGGAAGACCUGAGGAAGCUUCGAGGGCAUGUGAAGCCGUAUGACAUCAGCGUUGAGCGAUUCAAGAACAGGGUCUAUGACCCUGUGAAUGGGAAGACAUGCCACCAAUGCAGGCAGAAGACGUUGGGGCUGCGCACCGAGUGUGCGGCGUGCAAGGAUCGCUCUGUGUGCGGGCAGUUCUGCGGAGACUGCCUGUUCGUGAGGUACGGCGAGAACAUAGAGGAGGCGCUAGCUGACCCCACGUGGGAAUGUCCGGUGUGUCGGGACAUCUGCAACUGCUCCAUCUGCAGAAACCGCAAGGGAUGGGGGCCCACUGGACCGCUCUUUCACAAGGUGUGGGGUGCGGGUUACCAGUCGGUUGCACACUAUCUCAUGCUCAACAGGAUGGUCAAAGAUGGGGAGAGCACAGGAGCACGGGCGGAUGGAGGGGUGGAGGGGGGAAGUGGCAGUGAGGAGGGGGGAAGUGGCAGUGAGGAGGGGGGUGAAGCGGAGGGAGGGAGUGACGGAGCAGGAGAGAGUGGGGAGGGAGAUGAAGAGGGAGGAUGUGAGGAGGAGGGGGGACAGGAGGGGAGUGAGGUGACGUUGAUAGAAGAGUGUAAGGAUGGGAAUGAGAAGGCGCGGAAGAGGAAGCGGGAGGUUCAGAGGAGUGCGGUGGAGACGAGGGGACGGAAACAAGGACUUGCAAGGAAGAAGGAAUGUGUGAUCAGGAAGGGAGAGGAGGAAGACGAGGAGGAGGAGGAGGAGGAAGAGGAGGAGAAGGAGAAAGAGGAGGACAAUGAGGAUGUUGUGGAGAUUCAGGUGUGCAGAACGGUGGUGCAAGUGAAAGAGGAGAGGGAGGAGGGGGAGGUGGAGGGAGUAUCGGAGAUCGAGUGGACCAAGAUGACUGCAGUAGAGGAGGAGGAGGAGGAGGGUGUGGAGGUGGACGAGGGAGAGGUGGAGAGAAAAGAGGAAGAAGGCCUAAGGCGGAAAGGGCAGGUGAAAGUCAAGACGGAAAAUACACCAACGACUUGUGGGAAGAAGACAUUUGGCGGUUCAAGUAUAUGGGGUAUAAAGGGAGGGUCACUUGUUGAGAUAGCCACAGGAGCAGGUGCAGGGAGCGAGGUGAAGCGAGAAGAAAGCGAGGUGAAGCGAGAGGAAAGAGAGGUGAAGCGAGAAAGUGGGAUCAUGACAAGGAGAGCCGCGGCAAGAAUGGAGGCUGAAGCUGCCAAGUUGAAGGCGGCUCAUGGUCGGGUGCUGCGGUCUCGCACAAUACAUGCACCACAGGCAGGAGGAGCAGCAGCAGCAGGAGGAAGAGCAGGAGUGGGAAAGGGGGUUGUUGCUGCAGUUGGGGAUAGUAAAAAGGGGACAAAGUCGGGCCUUAAGCUGGUAAUGAGGAGCGCUGUAAAGGGGAUGGGGAAGAGGGGGGGCAGAGAAGAAGUGGAAGAAGAUAAGGCACAGUUGAGGCAUCUCCAGAAGGAAGAGGACUCUGAUAGUGAUGAUGAUGUAGUCGAAGUGGUGGUUGCCAGGACAGUCUAA